GAUUAUUUCUCCAUCGCCUACCAUCACUUCAGCUACUCUUUCCUAUUAAUUCACAUACCGUUUACAUUAACUAACUCAUAUUGUUUAUAAAAAAAAACUAACUCAUAUACACUAUUGCUUCUUAAACAAACACAAUAACAAAAACACGCAACUCAAUUCAUCAUAUAUAAUAUAAUUAUACUCUUCUCUUCUGCACCAAUUAUCAUAACACAGUAAUUAACGAUUUAAUUAACACCAUAAUGGAACACAAAACCUUACAUCUCAACCUCAAAUCAGCAAAAGAUCUCAAAAACGUUAACCUCUUCGUCAAAUCCGAAGUAUACGCCGUCGUUUCAAUCUCCGGUGAUCCUCUCCACAACCAGAAAGCUAAAACACCUGUCGACAGAGAAGGUGGAACUAAUCCUUCUUGGAAUUUCUCCGUUGAACUCACUUUCAAUCAAUCUCUCGCUCGCCAGAAUCGUUUGACUCUAGAAAUUAAGCUCCGUUGUUUGCGAAACCUCGCUAUCGAUAAAGAUAUCGGAAGCGUUCAAAUACCUCUCGGAGAGAUUCUUAAUGAAAUUGGUGAUGGAAAAUCAUUUCAACAUGUUAGUUAUCAAGUUAAGAAACCUUCUGGAAGACCAAAAGGUGCAUUCAAUUUUGCCUAUAAAUUCACUGCUCCGGUGAAAUCAAAGGUGGAACUUGGUUAUACUGCUCCGGCUGUGGGGUCUACUUCUGCGCCUAAUUACCCGGCCGCGUAUGUUGCUCCUCCUCAGCAAGAAUAUGCGGCCGGAUAUGGAUAUCCACAGGCGUACAGUGGAUAUCCACAAACUCAAGUGGGUUAUGGAUACCCGCUACAAAGUGGUUACGGGUAUCCUCCACCGCAACAAAACGGAUACGGUUACCCGCCACAACAGGCUAUUCCGGUUCAGAAACCUGGAAAGAGUAAUUUUGGAAUGGGAAUGGGAGCUGGAUUAAUUGGAGGAGCUUUGGGUGGACUUUUGAUUGGAGAUAUGAUAUCUGAUGAUGUAUUUGGGUUUUAAUUUUUAAUUUUAUUGUCUUUUUUCCUUUGAUUUUGGUGUAGUUUUCUUUUUCAUUUCUGGAUAUAUACAUACACGUUUGCGUAUAUGUUUCUGCAAAGUUUAGAGGCUGUUACUAGUAUUUUGGUUUGUGAUUUAUAGUUUAAAAAAACCAAAAGUUUCUUUUGUAUGUAUUUGUUCAAAGUUAAGUUAAUUAUGACAAUGCAAUGAAGAUAAAUACUUAGG